UCUCUAUGCCUUAUAUCUCCUCCACUUAGCAGCAUAUAACUCACAAUCUCCCCAUCAAAUUUUCACUCAAAUGCAUAUUCACUAGUAUAUUGAAUGAUCCAAUUUGUCCUUUCAUUAGCUUACAACUUGGCCUAGUCCACUCUGAUAAUUUUCAUUCUAACAUAUAAGAGUUUUCAAAUUCCAUGCUCUUCAUAUGCUAAUGUUUUGCAAUUCAGCUUCCCUCCCACAUUCUCUUUCCAAAAUAACCUUUUGCAAGCCUUGAAUGGCCAAUACUAUAUGAUCAAAUUGGCAUAUUCUUGUAACUGUGUGCAUAAGCUGAACUAAGGGACUUAAUCAGCUGCAACUCAAAUUGGAAGAGUAACCUUUUGUUGUUGCUGUUAAUUCAUCUUCAUCACCAAAUGGGAGAGGACAUGGAGAGGGAACAAGUUUGUAUAAUUGGUGAGCUAAUGCAAGGGAAGGAGCUAGCAAAGCAACUCUGUGAUCAUCUAGUUUCUUCUUCUUCUUCUUCUUCAUCAUCAUCAUCACCAUCAUCCCAUGAAAAGAAUGAAGUCUUAAUUCAGAAAAUACUUUCUACCUAUGAGAAAGUACUCACCAAGUUGAAUUGGAGUUCUGAAGUGGGAGAAAGUAAGAACAACAAUGUCAACAUGAUGGAUUCCCAUUGUUCUUUUACAAAUGGGAGCCCCAGAAGUGAGGUCCUGGACCCAGAUGUUAAGCACAAAGAUGUCUUCAAGAAAAGAAAGACCAUGCCCAGAUGGACAGAACAUGUGAAGGUAUGCUCAAGAACAGUGCUUGAAGGGUCUCAGGAUGAUGGUUAUAGCUGGAGAAAAUAUGGGCAGAAGGAUAUUCUUGGAUCUAAGUUUCCAAGAGGAUAUUUCAGAUGCACACAUAGAAAUGUACGAGGGUGUCUGGCUACUAAGCAAGUGCAAAAGUCAGAUGAAGACCCAACAAUAUUAGAGAUAACCUACAGAGGAAGACACACAUGCACUCAAGCAAGUCAUUUAAACAAGGCAUCCCCAUCAAAAACAAAGAUGGACUUGGGAGAAAAUAAACUCCAAACAAAUCAAAAGAAUCAACCACAAGAAGGGAAAAUAGAACCACCCCAAGAGACAAUUUUCUCUUUUGGUUCUGAAUUUGAAGUUAAAAUGGAGGACUUUGACAACAAGGAGGAAAUCUUCCCAUCAUUUUCCUUUCAUUCUUCAUCAAUAGGAUCUGAAAAUGAUGACAACAACAUAUUCUCCAAGACCAUGAUUGAAAACCCUUUCAUGGAAAGCUUUUCUUCUCCAUUCAUAUCACCAGAGACUUCAGAAUCAAACAUCUUCUGUUGGUCACCAUGCCACUUAGGCAGCAUAGGACUAGGCCAUAGUGUGCAAACCUCAGAGUCUGAUAUCAAUGAGAUAGUUUCAGCCCCAACUUCAGUCACCAAUUCUCCAAUAAUAGAUUUUGAUCUCCUCCUUGAUAAGAUAGAUUUCGACACAGAUUUCCCUAUCAACACCCCAGAACUUUUCUCUUGAUAAAUUGUCCCAUUUCCAAGUUGACAGCAUAGUUUGUGUGCGGAUUAACUGUUGAGUUUUGUAGAUCCUUACUAGCAACAUAGCAGAGGGAAGAAAUACACCAUAGUCAUCACAUAUAAUGUCCAUACAUUAAGACAGUGAAACUUCCCACUCAUGCUAGUUAAAGUGAGUUUGUACCAAGGCUGUAGUGUGAAAAUAAUUUGUAGGUUGUAGCUCUAGUCUUUUACCAGUUUCUCGCUUCACUUGUAACAUAUAAAAUCAUAUUGUGAUGUCUUCUUCUGGCUCAAGCUGAGCAAGAAAUUGUGAAAUAAAUGAAU